AUGCCGAGCAAGGGGCAUAUGCCUAAAGCCCAAGGGCCAAAACUCCCUCCCUACAAAGGCAAUCUGAUGUCCAAGAGAGUGGAGUUCCUCAAAGUCCUCGACGUCGACUCCGCCCACGGCACCGUCGUGAAAGCGCGGAUAAAGAAACGUCACUACGCCAUAAAAUUCUUCGUCAGUUCUAAAGCGCCGGUCAACACCAAGGAAGUCUACGGCGACAAACCAAGCUGGAGCUGCUGUGAAGCAUUCGACUGGUAUUUCUCACCCUUUGAGAAUGAAUGUCGAGCCUUUGGCAGAUUGAAAGAAAGAAAUGCGGAAUAUAUCGCCAUCAAGGUGCACGGAUGGGUUGCUCUCACAGCAAAACAGAUUGAGAAAAAGCUCGUUUCGUCGGGGGCGAAGGGCCGUGGCCUGAACGGAUUUCCUGACGGUACUCUUUACGGAAUUGUCAAAGACUGGGUCAACAUGGUUCCGUAUCACGAUUCAAAGCAACGAGAGACUUAUGACCAGAUGGUAGCGGUGAAGCACUUCCCCAAAAUGCUAAAAAAUCUGCAUAAGCUUCAUUUUCUGGGGAUAGUAAUCCGAGACUUGAAGCCUGACCAGUACAUCAAUGGUGUACUAGUCGAUCUCAGUCUCGCCUCUACAGUUCCCCAUCCAUACGGUCCAACGGUCUCAGGCAGAGAAAGUCCUUGGCAACCACGCUGGACAUACGAAAGCCUCGCAGCAUGGGAUCUGUACUCAUUCCAAUGCCACGUUAUUGAUUUCUGGAAGCACAAUUCACAGAUAUUCUUCCAGAAACGGCGUCGGAACGGGAUACAAAAGAAGUGCAGUUUGCAAGCGUAUCCUAUAGCUCAAGCUCAGAACGCGAGCAAUAUACGCUCAGGCCGGUAUAAACCAAUCCUAACCUAUUACGGCGAGUUUCUGGCAAUGGUGCGGAAGCCGAACCACGAUCCCCUUGAUUUUCUGAGAAGACAUCCGAAAUAUCCGAGGUCGAUUGCAUCAUAUACGGGAAUACCCCCAGCGAAAGUCAAGUCAAUGAUUAGAGCUAGGAGGAGACAGAUCGACAGUUGUUGUGCUGUUAUGUAG